CUUUGAUCAACUCUUCAAUCACAGAAUAACUUCUUUUGUAGUAGUACCACAGUCUGAGAGUAGUACCGUUUUAUCAUUUCACGUUGGCAAUACCGCAAUUCCACCACCACUCACAUCAGAAAAUGUCAUGACAGGUGGAUAUGAUUUGAACGUGGCUACCGAAAAUCUAAAUCAUAUGGUAUUUACCGUUCAGACGGUUCACAAUGUUGAAACAAAGUGUAGUUCUAUUUGGCUUCUUACUUAUUCUAUCAACGUCUUCCUACGGACAACUCUUGGAAGGGUUAUAUUGCGGAAAAGAAAACUGUUAUGAUGUCUUGGAGGUUACAAGAGAAGCCACUAAAAGUGAGAUAUCCAAGAACUACAGAAGACUUGCUAAGCAACACCACCCCGACAGACACAGGACGAUCGAAGCCAAAGAAUCAGCAGAGGUUCAGUUCAAAAGAAUAGCCAACGCUUAUGAAAUCCUGAAAGAUGAGGAGUCUCGAACAGAUUACGAUUAUAUGUUGGACAAUCCAGACGAGUACUACGCUCACUACUACAGGUACUACAGAAGAAGAGUUGCGCCAAAGGUAGAUGUCAGAAUAGUAAUAAUAGUAACGAUAUCUAUUAUAUCUGUAAUUCAGUACUAUAGUGGUUGGCAGAGAUACGACACUGCUAUCAAGUACUUUGCGACUGUGCCAAAGUACAGAAAUCGUGCUUUAGAUAUCGCUAAACAAGACGGGCUUCUGUCUGAAAGUGGCAGAAAGUCCAAAGGCAAAGGCAAGAUAUCCAAAGAGGAAACCGAAGCUAUCAUAAGGAAAGUCAUCGAAGACAAAAUGGACAUCAAAGGGGCUUACGCCAAGCCUAGUUACCUGGAUGUGCUGUGGAUUCAGCUGAUUAUUUUCCCAUACACUCUAGUCAGAUACAUUUAUUGGUACGCAUCUUGGAUCGUGAGGCACACCCUUCUGAAGAAACCUUUCAGCGAGGAGGAGAAGCUGUACAUCAUUAGAAAAUUCAUGAAAAUGAGUCAGCACCAGUUCGACAGCCAAGAGGAUGAUAAGAAACAAGAGUUUCUUGAUAGAGAGCUCUGGUUGCGGGAAAACUUCGACGAGUGGUUCAAAGAAGAGGAGGAAAAUUCCAAGAAGCAGUUGGCGGAGAGUAAUAAAUAUAAACAAUAUAGGCGGUACAUGAAGAACCAUGGUGUAGGGAGAAUGACUUUCGAUGACUCGUGAGAAGAGUCAGCUGUGAGAAACUCGAAAAAAGUUAUUUAUUUUGUGUCUAUUUUGUUGUGGAAAAUUAUGGAAAAAUGAAUCGGGUAUUUUCCUAUGAAGUGGAAUGGAAGGUUGGUAAAUAUUAGUUUCUAUAGCUUGUGCUGGUUUUUGAAAAAAAAUCAUCGUACUUGUAUAUUUUUCACUCUCCAAGCCCAAAAAAUUACCUGAAAACCUGUGCAAGCUGUUGAAAUAAAUAUUUACAGUUGAAUAGUCUAGUGAUCCACUUACUCAUUUCUAAAAAUGUUUGUUGGAUAACAGGAUCAAUAUAUUUCAGAAAAACAGUUGUUUUUUGGCAACGUUUCCAAUUGAAUAAAAAUCUUCUUCAGGUCUCUAACAUCGAAUUUUAUAAAUUAUACCUGCCAGAAAUGUCAUAACUGUUGCAGUUUUUAAUGUUGUAAGAACUAAUAAUAAAAUUAUUCACCAAAAAGGAGUUUUUCCCUGUUGAAUUCAAUAAAAUUUAAAAUCAUUAGAAGUGAUAGAUUCAUCCAAAAAAUAAAAAACACUAGCAGACAAAAUAUUCCAGACCAACCCAACACAAUGAUAUAAAAUAGACGAAUAGCUUUAUUUAUAAUUUUUAUACGGUAGAACCCAUUUUUAUUGAUGUGCGAAAGAAUUAGAAUAGAAAAUGAAGUAUUACAGUAAUUUACUGGUUGAGUUGAGGCCAUCGACAUUCCUUCUAGUCUUCAGACUAUCAUGUUUGGGGAUAUGAAUCAUGUCGCUCAAAAGUUUUUCCGAUAAAUAUGGUUGGACAUCUAGAAUUGUCGGACGUUCAAAAUUAAAAAUGUGUCCAUGCUCUCUUUCAUGAUCAACAAGGAUAGUGGGGCUCUUGAUAUUGAGCUUUUCAGAAUCUCUCGUGUGUUCUGAAACUCUUGUUUCAGGAUACCGACCGGUUUGGCCAACGAAUUUGUGACAGUUUUCACGGUUCAAUCUGUAACAGUUUCUAAAUCUCAGAUAAUUGGACCAUGUUGCCCAACAAACCUUUUGAGAAAUGAAUGUUCAUUCUUAAAAAUAGCGAUGUUAUUGUAAGAAUUUUUGUGACUAUAAUGAAGAAGAAACUGUAAAGUUGGCCCUAAAAAUGUUACUGAGUCAUAUAUGAACGUUUUUGUGUAGCAAAAGUUAAACUACCCAAUUAUG